UGCUGGCAGCACAGAGAAUUCUUCUCCAUUUAUGUUUGAGAAAACGCGCAGUAUGGACAUUAGGUGCAACCCUGGCACAGAGGAGCCCCGAAACACCAAACCUGGGCACAAGGAAGGCAAAGACUCCAGGGACAGCCAAAGCAGCCUUGGGGACUCUUACCUCAAAGAGCAGCAAGCCACGUACCCGGCUCCGGGAGCCUCGGACACCUGCGUCAAGUCCAAGAACGGCUCAGCCACCGAUCCAGAUUACUGCAGGAGGAUCCUGGUCCGAGAUGCCAAGGGCUCCAUCCGGGAGAUCAUUCUUCCGAAGGGGUUGGACCUGGACCGACCCAAACGGACCCGAACCUCCUUCACCGCGGAGCAGCUGUACCGGCUGGAGAUGGAGUUCCAGAGAUGUCAGUAUGUGGUGGGCCGAGAGAGGACCGAACUGGCCCGACAACUCAACCUCUCCGAGACCCAGGUACGGGGCCCCACUGGAGGCUCAGCACCUCACAGAACCGUUGUCUCAGAGACCGCAGCCACCUGCAGCGUCCUCCGGCUCUUGGAACAAGGCCGCCUCUUGUCCCCUCCUGGUCUGCCGGGACUAUUGCCAGCCUGUGCUGCGGGAGCGCUGCGGGUCCCCAACAGUUCUGGACCUGGGGCCCCAUGCAUCCCUGAAGUCACCAGUGCCCCCCCUCACCAACCUGGACUGCACACCUCAGGGCACAGCAUCUUUAGCAUGCCUGUGCCAUCUCUACUGGGCACGGUGGCCAACCGGCUAUCCUCCAACCCGCUGACAAUGGCGGGGAACCUCCAGGAACUCUCCGCCCGGUACCUCAGCUCCUCGGCCUUCGAGCCCUACUCCCGAAAUCCCUCUAAAGAGGUUCUAGAGAAGAAAUCUCUGGACUGA